ACAGUUGAAAAUCUGACACAGCCAAACCGAAGAGGAUGUAUUUUUUCUUCUUCGAUGAAUUCAACUUCAACGACCGCUCACAUUUGCUCAUGAAGUGUUAUGCAGCCCGGGAGACAUUUCUUAAACACACGACUGUUAAUUCGGAACCAAAAAACGCCAGCGCCGUUUUAAUUCAAUGACUUAUUAGCGAAGUCCAAACAAAGCUGAACUAAGCAGAGCCCGAAGCUACCAGCUAACAUUUUUGCUGCGCAGUUAGGUACAACUUAUUCGAGAUUUAAAGCACCCAGGUGCUAACUAAGUGGUUCAAAACAACUUCUGUGGAAAGAUGUCGUUUGUUAGAGUGGGACGUCCACAACAACAGACCAAAGGUAAACGACCUGUUCGUGCAAAGAAGGCAGCAGCCACCAAAAAAGAUUGGGUGGUGAGUACUGAACACUGCUGGACCUGUUUAAAAGAGACAACAUAUGAAGAAAGCUUGCUCUUGUAAACUUAAAUGGCGACACCAUGAUCUUUUAUUUGCCCAAUAACUGUUGAACAACUAAUAACAGAUUAUCCAAGUGAAGUUGGAAGUAUCAAGCAGCCAUAUUGCUUAUUCCCUUGUGAAACACCACAUAGACGCUGGUAAUUAGUAAUUACAGCCGUUUUUGAUGUUUUUCAGAGCACUGUAAGUGACCUGUCUGUGCACAAGCUGUCACCUGCAGAGCUGGUAAGCUGUUAUACUUUGUUUGUUCAAUGGUGCUAUUCUAGGUCAGACGCAGACAGAGCCGUCACACCAUGCAAUCAAGUUGCAUUUCAGUAAACUCAACUCAGAGUUUCCACAAGGGGGAGUCUGAGCUCACAUAAAGUAGUGUGAAAUCAUAGCUGUGAGGUCAACUUGCAUUACCAACAACAACCCUUAUCUUGGUAACAAACCAUGCCUUUCAGUUGAAAAAGUAUAAUUUAUGUUGACAAGAUUGAACAGGUUGAAAAUUAUCUAAUGACAUAGGCUGUAAGAACAGGAACUGGUUGUUAACAAGGAACCUUGCCCUCUGACUUGUGUUAUUUGUUGACUUUAUGUGUGUACGUGAGUCUCACACACACACACAAAACACACAAAUUUACACACAUUGUGUGAGUAUUUGAGUGACAGAGAGUGUUUAUGACCACAAAAUGAGCAAUUUACUUUAUUGUAAUGUUCAAAAUGCAUACUUUUCCUUUGGUUUAUUUAUCUCCACCCCAUCACAAGCUUUUUUAGACCACCCCCUUAUAGUUCACAUUAUAACUGAAACCCAGGCUCAGGUGGUGGAACUGAAAUAAUCUCAAGGUUAUAAGGUCAAUUUGGAGAUUAUAGCUGCUUGUAUGUGUGUUUGCCUCUACUGAAGAGCCAUCGACAUGAGAUCCACAAGUCCCACAACAAGGCUGCAGCUCAGUGGGAGCUACGAGAGAAAGCCCUGAAGCGCCGGCUCAGACUUCCUGGCAGCCCUGCACCUCUAGACCAUGCCAGCCUCAGCAUCAUCAGGGAGGUAUGUGUGAUGAAUUUCCUGUUUGUAUAGUAGUCUACUUUGAUCCCUUUUUGUACCAAAGUACUCUUGAUAAAAUGAAAUCUCCUCGCUGCUGCUGUGUUUGACCGCUGCAGGUGUUUUCUGACCAGCUGCUGCUGCAGGAUGUGCUGGCUCGCUCUGACCGAGCCAUGGCUGUUGUCAAAGACUUAUUUGGAGAUGCUCCUCGCAGACAGACAGGUUGAAAGUUACUCACUGAGUCUGUCUCUGCUAUAGGUUAUUAGAACCCAAUACAAAUGCAAUGAUAAAUCUACAAAACCCAAUUCCAAUGAAGUUGGGAAGAUGUGUAAAUCGUAAAUAAAAAGGGAACACAAGAAUUUGCAAAUCCUUUUCAACCCAGCAGCAUUAAUGCUGAAAGGUACAUACAGGUUUUGGAGCGACAUAUGCUGCCAUCCAUGUAACGUCUUUUUCAUGGACGCCCCUGCUUAUUUCAGCAAGACAAUUCCAAGCCACAUUCUGCACGUGUUGCAACAGCGUGGCUUCAUAGUAAAAGAGUGCGGGUACUCGACUGGCCUGCCUGCAGUCCAGACUUGUCUCCCAUUGAAAAUGUGUGGCGCAUUAUGAAGCAUAAAAUAUGACAACGGAGACCCCGGACUGUUGAACAACUGAAGCUGUACAUCAAGCAAGAAUGGGAAAGAAUUCCACCUUCAAAGCUUCAACAAUCAGUCUCCUCAGUUCCCAAACAUUUAUUGAGUGUUGUUUAAAAGAAAGGUGAUGUAACACAGUGGUAAACAUGCCCCUGUCCCAACUUCUUUGGCACGUGUUGCAGCCAUGAAAUUCUGAGUUAAUGAUGUGCAAAAAAAAUAAAGUUUAUGAGUUUGAACAUUAAAUAUCUUGUCUUUGUAGUAUAUUCAAUUGAAUAUAGGUUGAAAAGGAUUUGCAAACCAUUGUUUUCUGUUUUUAUUUACGUUUAUCACAAUUUCCCAACUUCAGUGGAAUUGGGUUUCGUAUAAGACAUGAAAAAGUAUUGCCAUUUAGGCUCCUGGGUUGUCUUAUUUUAUGAGACUUGAGUUUUUUUGCUGGAAACUAACAGUGUUAAUGCUUUUCUGCAGGGAACCCCAGUGUGACAGUGGCCCCCAACUGUGAUCCUGACUCAGCACUGCCUGUGCUUCAGAGACCAGAUCGCCCGACUCAGCUUUCACUGCUCAGCCAGUCGAUGAUGGAUCAACAGGUGUGUUUGUGUGUAUGUUUGUUUAACCAGCUUCAAUUUCUCUGUAUUUUUCCUCCAUCAAUUCCCUGUGUGGCUGGGCGUACACUGUGAAUUUUGUUAAUGCUUUUACAUUUUCAAACAAAAAUUAAGACAAGCGCAAUCAGCAGAAUAGCUGUUGCGUCACUAUGUUGUCAUUAUUGUACGGUUCUCUCAGGCUCUUAAUGAAGUAGAAGCUCCAGAAGACUGCAGAGAUGAAGACGACUGUCCUGAUGGCGGUUCAGACUAUGAAAUCAGAAGGUAACAGCACUCUACAAACAGAUCCAAGAGGAAAAAAAAGGCUCUUGUCCUUAAUUUCUAUCAGAUUCUCCUCACUCUUAGUGUAACUAAAUUUCUUGCUGUGUUUUCUUUGCAGGGCCAAUGUACAAAAAAUGAAGGCACUGCCUCAUGUUGCAGCAGUACAGAAAGUCCCUCAUUCGAACUCAGAAGAGGCACUCAGCGAUCAUGUUUCUGUGACCCCCUGUGCAUCAAACAGACCACCAGAUGAAAGAGGUAUGGUGAAAAGCUGAAACCCACCAAGAAGAGGAGGAGUAGAAGGACAGUGUUUAUCAUCCAGUCAUCACAUCUAGAGACAUACACUUUGGUAAUAUGGUUCAUUUGUAUUUCAGCUCUCAAUGCCACAGUGGCCGUUCAGCGUGUUCGGUCUAGACAAAACCAGCCACAAGAAGAAAACGAAAGACCCCCAGCUCUGGUUUCUCAGGUUCUCAACCCUCAGCUGCCUCUCAACCAGUCAGGUAACAUGAAGAAUUUCUUACAUAAUUGGUGUGUUAAAUUGAAACUGCUCAGCAUUGCAACAAACAGAAUAAAUAAUGAUCUCUUGUUUGUUAUAACAUUUGUAGGCAGGAACAGUAGACAUAACAGAAAGUCCAGGAUGUGUGUGUCCCAAAGUUUUGAGCUGGAUGGAUCCUCUUUUGCCUCUGUAAGUGGGGACCAGUCCAGCUUGAGCCUGCUGCAGGCCAUGUUAGGUCAGGUGGAGGCAGACUUGGAUACUCUGAGUCGCACCCCUGAAGAGGCUUCACCACAGAAUCAGAACCAGUGCCGAACACAAGGUCUCACAGGAUUCUCUGUUGCACUGGUAUCUACCCUGGGACGUCUGGUGCACCUCUUCAAACAGGUGUUGUAUUUCUAUGAUAAAUCUUAAUAAUUAUAUAGACAAAUUUAUACAGACAGCAUGCCCAGACAUAUUACAUGAAGGUGAUUGAUCUUGUUUACCAGAGGUUCAUUCUAUAAGUGGAAUUAUAAUGUGAUGUAACAUUUGUUGAGACAACUGCAGUUAAAGGACACUUGUAGGACGCUUUCAUCUCACUAAAGAUUUUUUAGUUACUUUAUGAAUGAGUAGUAAUGCUUUUUUUUUUACCAAUGCAGCAAUAACAUAUGAGGAAUGUCCUUAAGUCAGAAAUCUGAAAACAACAUCACAUGCCUAGGAAAAAGCAUGAUAAUUGCUAAGAACAUGAAUUUCAUAUCCUCUUCUAAUAACACUAUUUAUAGAGGGAAGUAGAGGCUCAAUUAGAGGUUCAUGAGAGGAGAAGACUAGAGGAGAAGUUGAGAGAACAGCAUGGGCUAAUUGAUGCUCUCACUACUGAGACGAUGACUCUGAGAGAAGAGGUUGCAGCCCUGCAGGUGAAAUUAAAUUACCAAAUGACCAGAAACUACUAUGUUGCCCAAAUUCUACCUGUACUUAAAACCUGUUUCCGUUGGGUUCCUCUCAGGCUGGAUCGCUGCAGCAGACAGCAGAAUUGGAGCAGAAGCUGGACACAGUGGUGCUGGCAAUGGGGGGACCUGGACAACAGGAGCUUUACAUUAACCCGCCCCCAAGCUUCCCUGUUGAAGCUACAGGUUUAUGCUGCUCACAUGUGUUUGUCUGUGCAUCCAUAGUUUUUCGAGUAAAUGGUCCAUAAUUGGUUUUCAAUGUCUAACACAGCUCUUCAGUCUGCACCAAAUGCUGAACAACCCAUUGAGCGAUUACAACCUUCUGUUUCUCCUGCUGUGUUGCUCUCCCCUCCUCGACAGAGAGACCACUUGGAACAAAGUUCUGGUAACAGCUGGGUUCCUUUUUAAAUUUCUGCAUUAAGUCACACGGCCUCAUACUCUCAGUCAACAAGUUGCUGAUUUUGCCACUUGUCUUCUUCAGAAACUCUUUUGCUGCAGCUGCACAAGGAACUUCCACCUGUAGAUACUCUGCACUCCUGUGAGGCCCCCAGUGCAGCCUCCAGCCUCUCACAGCUCUCUCCAGAUGCAAUACUUGCUGAGAUUGCACAACUGAAUGAGCAGAACAACCUGAUGAGGGCCCAUCUCAGCCAGGCUGGUUCAGGGAUCGUGGGAUCAUCUGACAGCAUCCACAGGAUGAAACGUUUAAGCUCUGGUAACACAGGAAGAGUCACUCCCACAUUUGUUGGAGAGAGAGGAAUGACAGUCUCCAGCAGAUCAGGGAGAAGAAGCCAGCAGGUCCGGGCUGCUGAAGGAGAGCAGUUGAUUUCUCAGGUAUAGUAAAACUUGCAAUGUGAUGCAAUGACUUGAAUAAAGUCGUAAUUUAAUUUCAAAAGACCCUUAUUUCCACCUCAGUUCUUAAAGGUUUUCCUCACUUUUUCUUGUUUAGGCAACAUCACUUAUCUCCCCCAGUGUGAGCAGCAUGGAGCAGCGCCUCCUGGAGCUGAACAGACAAAGUGCAGCAGCAAGGGGUCGUCUGCUGGAGCUCAUCGAGCAACAGAAACCAAGUGUUUCAUCCAAAGUUUCACCCUCUGGUUCUCCCAUCCCUCUUUCUGCCGUUAGUCCUCCAUCUGUAGGUAUGUCAGCUCAGUCAGACAUGUAUCUCUCUGUUUGUCUGAUUCUUUCACUCUGUAAUAAGACCAGAAUAUCUGUGUUUCAUACUCUUCUCAGCUGAAAGAAGAAGUCCAGAGAUGUCUUCACAGUCAUCUGUAACAGAAGUCCUAUCACAAACCAGCGCUGAGUGGAGGCAGUAAGUGGCGUCUGCAAAUGGACAGGGGUGUUUUUUGACAAGGCACUUUGAGGACAUUCUCCAUUUUUGCAAUUACCUACAAAUACAGCAAGGACAAAGUCUCAUUGCAGAUUGUUGUUGAUAGAUUUACUGAGUCUGACCCGCCACCAUACAGCCAUAGAGGAGAAACAAAGGAUAGAGGAGUAGAAGUAAGCAGACACACAACUAAAGAUUAUAUGGAAGUGUAAAGGUUUUACUAAACUGUUGACACUUUUUCACAUCUAACACAACCUUUUUUUCUCAUAACAGAUGGAACAGAGAGAACGGGAGGGCUGGUUUGCCUUAUCCACUCAUGUGAGAUGACACUGAUAAUGAUAUUUUAAACCUUUCCCUUUUGAAGAUUACCAGUGCCAUUUAUAUUACUGAAAUAAAUGUUUUUUUUUUUAAUUUUCAUAGUGGUAACAUUUGUUUUUGUCCUGCCUUUUUUUUUUUUUUUAAAGUUCACAGACCCACUUCAAAUGUAAGUGUCUGUGUGGCUAUAUGCUAUACAGCCACCACUAUGGGAUUACCAAACAAUGUUAACUUCAGCUGAAGGCUCUAAUCAAACAUCUGUGGAGUGUGUACAGUUACCAUGACAACAGAAAAAUUAUUCUGUUUUUUGAUGCUGCCUCUCAUACAAAACUCCAGUCAAAUGUAUUCCACUGAUCCACUAGUGUUGUGUUUGUGUGUUUUUGUGUGACCACCAGAGUAUUGUGGUCCACUGUCAAAAGCUGCAGUUAGAUCCAACAGAACAAGAAUAACAUAAUCACCAGAGUCAUUUGCCUGGAGGAUGUCAUUUCAGACUCUUAAUAAAGCAGACUCUGUGCUGUGAAGAGUUUUAAAACCAGACUGGAAGACCUCCAAGACACCAUGCUCAACCAGAGAAGACUUAAGCUGAAUGUGAAAAACUUUCUCUAAAAUUUUUGAAAUAAAGGGAAGCUUGGAGAUGGGCCUAAAAUUGGCCAGCAUACCGCAAUCAAGGCCUGGUUUGUGGAGUACAGCUGAAAACCUAAUUGGAGAUAGUCUUCUAUUGCACCUCUAGUAGUAAGACAUUGUUUUUAGUAACCUUCUUUUUACCUUGUUAUCAAAAUGUGAAAAGGAAAAAACCCACACAGCUGACACAAGAUUUUGCAGUUGCGUACAUCAACCUUCACACAAACUGAUUCACUUUAAACCAAGUUAACCUUGUAAAAACACACUCUUGAUGAAAUGAUAUGUAUUUGUUAUUUUUUUAUUUAGUUACUGAGUUCUGCCAUUUUGGGGCUGUGGGAGGAAACCAUAGCACCUGGUGGAAACCUACAGUGUUAUGGGGAGAAAAUGCACAAUUCGAAUACGGAGACCUUUAUCCUGAAGGUGACAGUGAUGACAUUCCAUGUCCCUAGAACUAGCCUCUGCAGCCGAGGAUCAGACCGCCAAGGUCCCAGUGACCCACGUCCAGGCGAGGGAAACUUGGCGCCAAAUAUUUUGUCCAUCAUAAUGGGUCUGUUUGAGCUACUCUUAGUCUGGUCCCCCCCCCCCAGGAGCAAACAGGUCCUGGGGGAUCACUGGGACACACAAACCCCUCCACUACGGUAAGGUGGUAGCUCGAGGAGGGGGAAUUUUUUUUUUUAAGAUACUAAAUAUCUUGUGGGAGGAAACCAGAGCACCUGGAGUAAACCCCUGUGUGACGUGUUUGCAUUAAUUAAACUGUAUUGGGGAAAA